AUGCCUGCGGCAUUCGGUAAACAAGAAAUCGAGGAGAUCUAUCGGAAAUUCAAGCAAAUGAAGGACUCUGGCGUGCCCACUUCCGACCCCGAGUUCAUUAAAACCCAACAGUUUCUGAUGAAUGUUCAGCAAGCUCAUCUGCCUGCCCCCUCAGGCUCGACUUCCUCUCCUUCCAGUCAGAACAACAACGCAAUGGGCCUCUUUUCUCAGCAGCAACUCACCAUGCUGAGACAGCAGAUUAGCGCCUUUAAGCUGCUCUCGCGAAAUGCUGGCCUGUCCCAGAACAUCCGCCAGGCACUCUUCUCCCAGCGACAGAGGCGACAACUCUCCCUUUCCGAGUCGACACAAGGCGUCCCAGCUGCCGCCCAGUCCGCGCAGGACUUGGGUAAGAAAUCGAUAAAUGGAGCUGAUACAACCGUCCAUGGUGAUACUGUGGCGACCGAGCCAGGGCCGAAAAGCGCCAAGUCACCAUAUGCCAUGGUGAAAAAUAGCAUCAGCUAUUACGACCACAAUCAACGCAAGAACCGUUGGAUUAUUCCUAGUAUCUUCCCAACUGGUGUUGACACCGAUCAGUUGCGCCUCGAACAGGAGCGCUCGUUAUUCAAUCGUAUGAGCCAUAGAUAUCAGCAGCUAAAGGCUCUGCCCGCCAAUAUGGCUCACUGGGAUUCGACCCAGGAGGCGACCGAGGCAGACGAAAGGCUGCGCCUGAAAGCCAUCAUCGAAAUGAAGGCGCUGGAGCAGUAUGCUAGACAGCGCAAAUUGCGGGAGAAGGUGGGCCAAAUGAUGAUGUCUUACGACAACCUGGCGAUGACGACCAACCGCAGCAACUACCGGCGUAUGAAGAAGCAGAGUGUUCGCGAGGCAAGAAUCACGGAGAAACUCGAGAAACAGCAGCGUGAUGCGCGGGAGAACCGUGAGAAGAAGAAGCACGUCGACUUCCUACGAGCCAUCUGUAACCAUCGGUCUGAAAUCAUCGGCGCAGCGGAAUCGCAGAGGAACAAGUCGCACAAGCUUAGCCGAGUCAUGUACAACCAGCACUACAACAUCGAGAAAGAGGAGCAGAAGCGCCUGGAGAGAACUGCUAAACAGCGUCUCCAAGCCCUUAAGGCUAACGACGAAGAAGCCUAUCUUAAGCUGCUCGACCAAGCCAAGGAUACCCGUAUCACACAUCUUCUCCGGCAGACUGACGGCUUCCUCAAGCAACUCGCAUCGUCCGUCAAAGUUCAGCAACGCCAAGCUGCGGAGAGGUAUGGCGAUGAUAGUGGUGCUUUCGACCAGGAAGAGGAGGAGAGCGAGGUUGGGUCUGAGGAUGAAGAUGACGAGGAUAGCAGCCGCAAGAUUGAUUACUAUGCUGUCGCGCAUCGCAUUAAGGAAGAAGUCACCGAACAGGCUGAUAUCCUGGUUGGCGGCAAGCUUAAGGAAUACCAAGUCAAGGGUCUUCAGUGGAUGAUAUCGCUGUACAACAACAACCUAAAUGGUAUCCUUGCCGAUGAAAUGGGUCUCGGAAAAACAAUUCAAACCAUCAGUCUCAUCACCUACCUCAUCGAGCGGAAGCAACAGUCUGGGCCUUACUUGGUCAUUGUGCCCCUUAGUACCCUCACAAACUGGAACCUUGAGUUCGAGAAGUGGGCUCCUUCCGUCUCGCGCAUCGUUUACAAGGGCCCGCCAAACGCCCGAAAACAGCACCAAGAAAAGAUCCGCCAGGGCAAAUUCCAAGUUUUGCUGACUACUUACGAGUACAUCAUCAAGGACCGCCCUAUACUUAGCAAGAUUAAGUGGUUCCACAUGAUUAUCGACGAGGGUCACCGCAUGAAGAACACCCAAUCGAAGCUCACGGCGACGAUCCAAGGCUACUACCACACUAGGUUCAGGCUCAUUCUCACUGGUACGCCUCUGCAGAAUAAUCUCGGCGAACUCUGGGCCAUGCUCAAUUUCGUCCUCCCCAACAUCUUCAAGUCAGCAAAGACAUUUGACGAAUGGUUCAACACACCUUUUGCGAAUACGGGUGGCCAGGACAAGAUGGAUUUGACAGAAGAAGAACAGAUCCUAGUCAUUAGGCGCCUGCACAAGGUUCUUCGGCCAUUCCUUCUUCGGCGUCUGAAGAAGGAUGUUGAGAAAGACCUUCCCGACAAGACUGAAAAGGUUAUCAAGUGCAAGUUCUCUGCUCUGCAGUCCAAGCUUCAUAAGCAAAUGGCUACUACGAACAAGAUCAUAGUCGGCGAUGGCAAGGGUGGCAAGAGUGGCGCCCGUGGCUUGAGCAACAUGAUCAUGCAGCUGAGGAAACUCUGCAAUCAUCCGUUUGUUUUCGACGAAGUUGAGAACAUUCUGAAUCCGCUCAGCGUCAGCAACGAUCUCCUAUGGCGCACUGCUGGUAAAUUUGAGCUUCUGGAUCGCAUUCUUCCUAAAUACCAAGCCACGGGGCAUCGUGUCCUCAUGUUUUUCCAAAUGACAGCCAUCAUGGAUAUCAUGGAAGAUUACCUAAGGUAUAGAAAAUUUGAGUUCUUGCGUCUCGAUGGUAUGACCAAGUCGGAAGAUCGAUCGGAGCUCCUCAGAUUGUUCAACGAACCCAACUCGAAGUACUUCAUGUUCCUCCUUUCAACCCGCGCUGGUGGUCUUGGGUUGAACCUGCAGACUGCCGACACCGUCAUCAUCUACGAUUCUGAUUGGAACCCUCACCAGGAUCUCCAGGCCCAGGACCGUGCUCAUCGUAUCGGCCAGAAGAACGAGGUUAGAAUUCUUCGCUUGAUUAGUUCUAACUCGGUCGAGGAAAGGAUCCUAGAGCGCGCCAGAUUCAAGCUCGACAUGGAUGGAAAGGUCAUCCAGGCUGGUAGAUUCGACAACAAGUCUUCCGAGACGGAUCGAGAUGCCAUGUUGAGAACGCUCCUUGAAGCUGCUGAUAUGGCAGAAGCGGGCGAGCAGGAGGAGAUGAACGACGAGGAGUUGAACAUGAUAUUAGCUCGCGGUGACCAUGAAUUCUCCAUAUUCCAGAAGAUGGACGAGGAGAGAGCAAAGGACCCCGUAUAUGGCUCAGGUCCUGGCUGUACAGGCAAGCCUAGACUAAUGACGGAAGACGAGCUACCGGAUAUCUACCUAAACGAGGGUAUCCCUGUAGAAGAAGAGGAGGAAGUUGUGCUUGGUCGCGGCGCCCGUGAGAGAACCAAGGUCAAGUAUGACGAUGGCCUCACCGAAGAGCAAUGGCUGAUGGCUGUGGACGACGACGAGGAUAGCCCUGAAGCCGCCGCCGCCAGGAAGCUAGCGCGCCGAGAAAAGAGGGAGGCGAAAAGAAGUAAACUGGGUGUCUCCCAGGAGCAGGACUCUCCUGUUCCGAGCCGCGCAAGCACUGAAGAGGUGGAGGCAGUGGAGACCCCUAAGAAGCGCGGUCGCAAACCCGGGACGAAGGUUGAGAAGCGCAAAGCAGAGGACGGCGACGAAGAGCCCCCGCCGAAAAAGCGCCGUGGGCCCCAGGGCCGGCCGAAAGCGAUCGCCACCGCGAACGGCGAUUCCCGCGUGAGCCCUCAGCAACGCGAAGCUUUGCAGAAGAGUCUCCGGUCGCUCUACGAUGGUUUGAUGAAUUUGGAAUCAGAUGACCUCGUUGAACCGGUUGACGAAGACGACUCCGAACCCCCGAAGAGGCUUAUAAUAGGGCCGUUUGUCAAGCUGCCGCAUAAACGAGACUACGCCGACUACUACCUCAUCAUCCAAUCUCCUAUAUGCAUGAAGAUGAUGGAGGCGAAGAUCAAGAAGGGAGAGUACAAGUGCCUGGGCGAUAUGCGUAAGGACUUCGACUUGAUGAUUCGAAACUGCCGGACAUACAACGAGGAUGGCAGCAUGUUGUGGAAGGACGCUGCGAUUAUGGAGGAUUAUUUCAAUAAGGAACUCGAGUCGGCGCUCGAGAAGAUACCCGAGCUCAAAGAACUAGAGGAUCUUUUCGAGAAAGAAGGGUCUGCUCCAGAGUCCGGUGCUGGCGACACCCCACAACCGGCGGCAUCCGGAACUCGGAUUCGUUUGAUCUCUUCAAGCGUGAAGGAGACGCCGAAUGGGGACAAAACCGAAGAGUAA